GAAUUUAUAAUACGCAAGUAACCACUUAAUUCAAUCACUUUUGAAGUUACCCGUAAAGCAGAUGGAACAUUUUCCUUGACCGGCAGAUAAGAUGUUGCAAAAGAAGUUAUUAAAUUUGCGGUAUAGGCAGUAUUUGUACUGCGUUUGUGGAAUUUCGACUAUGGCCGUCGCAUCCAUACAUAUGUCUUGGUCGUCGACAUUUCUACCUCAACUACGUUCUGAUCAUUCGCCAAUAGGUGUUAAAUUGGAUACAAUUCAAUCGUCAACUAUUGUAAGUAUAGGCGGCGUAGGUGGCACACUGAGUUGCAUCACGACCAUGUGGAUAAUAGAUUAUUUUGGAAGAAAAGGUGUUUUAAUAGCAGCAGGCAGUUGUAAUCUGAUAUCUUGGAUUUUGAUGUACUUUGCAAAUGGAAUAGAAGUGUUAUGUGCAUCCAGAGUAUUAGGUGGAAUAGCUUUAGCACUUUCUCUGACUUGUGGUACCAUUUAUCUUGGUGAAGUAUCACAUAACGACAACAGAGGUCGGCUGAAUUUUCUAAUGACAAUUUUGAGAGUUUUUGGAUCGGAUAUUGGCUUCGUCGUAGGGCCUUAUGUAUCCUUUAAAACGUUCGCCCUUUUGUCAGCAUGCGCCUCGGUUAUUUCUCUAAUAUGUACUUGUAUCAUACCGGAAUCACCGUAUUAUUUAAUCAAAAAAGGUAAAAAAGAAAAAGCCAAAAAGAUCGUUCAAAAACUGGCCAACGAUGCAUCCGAUGAGAGCACUUUAGAAAAAGAGUUGGAAGACAUCAGUUCCUCAGUAGAAAGAGACAUGAAAAAUAAAGGAACUAUUUAUGAACUUUUAACCAACAAAAUCUAUAGAAAACCGUUAUUUAUUCACAUCUGUUUAAAGAUGGUAUUCAUCUGUUGUGGUAACAUUGUAAUAAAAUCGUAUAUGCAAACUAUUAUUAAAGCAACAGGAAGUAGUAUGUCUUCAAACACUGCUAGUGUUAUCUUUGGAAUCAUCAGUUUUGUUAGUGCCCUAGCUUCCGGACAACUUGUUGAUCGUUUUGGCAGAAGACCCUUGCUCAUGGUCUCCAGUUUGUUGUGUUCUAUUGGCAUGUUCUGUUUAGGAUUGUAUUUUUAUCUUCAAGACGCCACUUCGUAUAAUGUUGAUGUAAUUUCCUGGUUACCAGUUACCAGUUUGAUGCUUUUCCAAGUAUUCGUUGCGAUUGGAAUCAUUUCAAUACAUUCCGUUGUUGCUUCAGAAUUGUAUCCAAUGAAUAUAAAGGCUGUCGCCGUGUCCGCAGUUGCGUUUUUGGCACAAGCCGCGGCUAUCGCUAUUCAAUUUUCCUUUGAGCCCCUGAGCGAAAUUUUGGGAGAGUACACUUGCUUGUGGUUCUUCAGUUUUUGCUGCUUGCUAGGAUUCUUUUUCGGACUGUUUAUACUCCCGGAGACAAAAGGAAAGUCAUUCGAUGAGAUUCAAAUGAUACUUAACCGAGGAAAAAGCGAAAGAAUUGUUCAUAAUAAAAAUCAAGAAGCCGGAAAAUUCUAAGCAGUCAGGAGUCAGUCGAUACAGACCGAUAACCAGCAUUAUAAAAGAGCAGUUAUUUAAACGCCUAUUUAAAGUUAUUGUUUAAAGUAAAUAACUAUCUUUAAGACCCGUUUGAAUAAAUAAAUAGGUUACUAGAAAAUUCUUUACAAUAAUGUUAAUGUAAACAGUGAUUACUUUAACUAAUAAGAUACCAAUUUUUGCUUAUUUAUACCUAUAUUAAAGACUGACGUAUCUUAUACCUUUCAGCUUGAAACAGAUUAUUUAUAUACCAACCAAACAUCGUUUAACAGUAUUGUUAUUAAGGUUACCAUUUUGUUUUCGUUUUUCUAUUGUAGUCUCUUCAUACAGGUACACUUGAAAACUGAACGAGAUGAUUUUUAAAAUAUUCCAUCAUAAGGAGUGGUGUAGGAGAAAAUUUUACUUUUUAUAAUAAAUGAUAACGUGUUUCAUCUAUUUAAUUAAUUAAUCGCUAAUUUUAAUAUUAGAUAUGCAUCUAUUAAGUCCUACGGGCUUUACAGUUCAACCAGUAGGUUCCUUCCGAAAGUUUCAACUUGCGAAAUGGAAUGCGGGAAUGAAUUAAACAACACGUAAGGAAAUAAAGUGGAGUCUUCAGUUUGAGCAAACAGUUGACAAUAUUCAAUAUAAAAAGUUACGCGGGCCGACGUCCGUUUUGGGUCGCCCAUGCAAUACCCAGAUGUAGUGGAACCUGGUGACGAAAUCGUAUCCGAUGAUGGCGUACGCCGUUGGCGAUGGCAGUAUACCUGGAACAAUAGGCAUUUACCCACCUACUCAUAAACUGAAUAGCCCAGCAUUGGUCGUAUGUAUAGAAAUACAUCAUCAAUAUCACUGAGCGGCAUGGCCUAGAGGUUUAGACCAUUGCUUAUCA